AUGCGAUCGCUGCUCUAUCGAAUUCGAUGCAUUAUUGAGGCUUUGUACCUUCCGAAUGACCCGAAUGUGGCUAAUGUUUCUAAUGUGGCCAAUGUAUCGAAGGUCCCUAAUGUCCCGAAUGUCCCGAAUGUAUCAAAGGUCCCUAAUAUGGCCCAUGUCACGAAUGUGUCGAAGGUCCCAAACGACCCAAUUAAUUCGAAUCAUUUAGGGGCAAUAAGGGGCUCCAAGGACCCUAUUAGUUUUAAUGCAGUACAGAAUCCCGCUGUCCCUGUAGAACACAACCAUCUAAUGAAUCCAAAACACUCGAAUGACCCUAAUGACCCUAAUGACCCUAAUGACCCUAAUGACCCAAUAAAUCACCACCCCCACGCCCCCCAUAUCCCCCUAAACUCGAACUCUCCGAAGCCCUUCCACUCGGGCCAUGUCCCUAAUUCCAAUGCCCCCAAACCCUCUCCCUUCCCCAUCGACCUCCCUCGUCUUCGUCGCAGCCUUUUCUUCACUCCUCUCGACGAAUCGCCCGCCGGUCCGUUUCCCUACUCCGACUUUGUCGCGGUUAUUCUGCACAGCUUCGCGCUCUCUCACUACUCCCCGCGGUUCUUCGACGAGCUCCCCGUUCUCUCCCUGACCGACUGCACGCUCGCCGCCCGCGACUCCGCCCUCCCCGCGGGGGACGUGCUCCGCUCGCUGGACCGUCCGGGCCCCGCGGAAACGUGGAGCGUUUCGGUGAUUCUGCGCGCGCAGACGAGCGCAGUCCACCCGCUCAUCACGACGCCGUUUCUCCAGUUUCUCUCGACGGCGAAGGUGGAGGCGAUUUUCCAGGCGAUCCAGCAGAAGCUGCGGGUGGAGAUCAGCGUGCUGGAGAAGCAGCGGCCCCGCGGGUAUCGCCCCUCGCCCAUCCGAUUGGAGGAUUGUCUGCGCCAGGCCGUGCAGUCCACCGCCAUCGAGGUCUGCGACAACUGCGGCGAGGCCUCCCCGCGGGACUUGCAGUCGCGCAUCACGCAGCUGCCGCCCGUGCUGGUGAUCCUCCUGAAGCGCUUCUCGUUCGAGUUUUCCCGCGGGAAGGCCCAUGGAUACACGAUCGGCUAUGGCGGAGGCCGCCGGAAAAUCACGGAUCUGGUGAGCUUCCCGGUGGAGGGGCUGGACAUGGCGCCGUACGCGUUCGGCUGCGACUCAGCGCUGUACGAUCUGGUGAGCGUGUGCAACCACACGGGCAGCGCGGAUUUCGGGCAUUAUUACGCGUACGCGCUGUGCGAGCAGGGCGGGACGACCGCGUGGUUCGAGUUCAACGACAGCUCCGUGUACCCCAUUCGCCAGAGCGACGUGCAGAGCGACUGCGCCUACUAUCUCGUCUAUCGGCAGAGGACGCGGCCUCCGCUCCGCGCUGUGAGCGAACAGAUCCGAAGCGAGCUGGGCGCCAUGAAGGAGUCCUUCAAGACCGGCUCCUUCGGCCAAGCCGUGAAGAACUUGGCGCAGAAGCCUGCAUGGCAGAGCAGGAUUCCCGCGGUGCAGGGUUCUGCGAGCGGCGAAGCGCCGGAUUUCCGGGACAAUGCCGCGAGAAUGAAGGGAUCGUGGGAGAGGGAGGCUGGACUCGCGGAUUCGAAGCAGAAAAACGCGAAGAAAGAAGAAAAACAGACGGCGCAGAAUUCGACCUGCGUGAAUACAAAUACUGUAGUGUUGGGAGAAGCGCUGUGGGAAAUAGAUCGUCAAAUCGAGAGGGAAUGUAGGGAUUGUGGAGGGAGUGACGAGGGUAGCGAGGUGUAUCAGUAUUGCGAUGAUGAUCGUGGCAGUGACAGCGAUUAUCGUUUUGACUUCUCUUGUGUUGGUUGUGAUAUUUUUAUAAUGUUUUUGACUUUGUUUCACAGGCAAGUUGUCCUACCCAUUUUCAUUCUUAUUACCAUUACAACAUCUAUUGUUUUUUUACUACUAUUACAACUACGAUACAUAACGUUGUUUCUUUAUUACUGUAUAUGUGAUGAUGUGAGAGUUUCGUACCCAUUUCACCUUUGCUUCACAAACCAUAUCUUUCUACACCACUCUUCCUUUUACCACACUGAACACCAUCGUUCUGGCAACACUUUAGAGGAUGCAAUACGAUCGUAA